UCCCCCCUGAUUUAUUCUGUCUGAGCAUCUUUCUACAAGAAUCAAUUUAUGUUCAUACCUAGUCUAUUAUAUAUAUAUAUAUGGUAGUUUAUAUUUAUAUAUGCCCAUCCAAAUUAAAAUGCGACCAUCCAAGUCCCUUGUCUACGUUGCAUCGUCACCAGUAUCCUCCACAACUACAAGCCCAAAACCACCAACACCGCCACCAAAAUGCGACGUUCAUGCCUGUCCUUGGUGGCCUUACUCCAAUUCCAACGAUUUUGAAUUAAAUGCCACCGUCAUCCUCAUCGUCCUCUUCUCCGGUGUCAUCUUUGCCCUCGCUCUCAACGCUGCCAUCCACUUCCUCCGUCAUCGCCGCCAUCUUCCCCGUUCUGAAACCACCCAUGAAGCUGCAGAAGCCGAACCCCAGCCAAAGCCAAAUCCUACUCCUUGCACCACCACAGCGCCUCCUACGGUGGUGUUUUCCGCAGGGAUGAAGCUGGGAGGUGCAGUGGCAGAGUGCGCCAUCUGUUUGUCUGAGUUCACUGAGGGAGAAGGAAUUCAUGUGUUGGGAAGGUGCAGGCAUGGCUUCCACAUCCAAUGCAUCCAGGAAUGGUUAUCUUCCCAUUCUUCUUGUCCCACUUGCCGCACCGAUUGCCACCCUUCCUCCUCCUCCUCCUCCUCCUCCUCCUCCUCCAAUGGUGGUGGUAACGAGAGCGAUUCCCGACAAGCCACUGCUUAGAAUAGACGGAUUCUGGUUGUUACUAAUCACUCUCUGAGAUCAAUGUAUAUAUGUGUAAAUGGUUUGAAAUUUUGCUACUUGUUCAUCUCUGUUUUGGCUUUUUUUUUUAUUUAUUUAUUUUUAUUUUAUUUUAUAAUUAGGUCUAAAUAAAAGAGCUGCAUUAUUAUUAUCAGUUUCUCCAUUGUGGAACGAACAUAAGAGACUUUUUGACAGUUUCAUGUGUCCUCUAACUCACUCCUUCGUUUUAAUGAUAUAUUUAUUGUUGAUGUGACCCUCCUAAGAGCUGAAGAAAUUGUCAAUUAGUGUUUCAAAUGUUUAGAGAAAGAGCACCUUUUGGUUUAAAAUGGAAGAA